GGGAAGGGAGAGAAAUAAAAGGGGACCGGGCCAGGCCAGUGAGCAGCGAACGACAGAAGCCCAUACCCAGCCAUGCCAUGCUGUUCAUGAGAAUCUGACGCGGUCAGCAAGUCUGACACACGGACCGAUGACAGUGGGGUGCCGCACUGCGGGCCUGUCCGGCCGACUGAGCCCCUGACCGACCCACACACAUCUUUAAAUUCCCUCGAUGCACGAGGGAACGGGCCGGUCGAAAGAAUGAAAUGCUCACAUGGGACGCCUUUCUCCUGAAUGCCUUUCUAUCAUUUUGCACACAGUGCUCCCGGUACAAUAUUAAUUGAUUGAUUGUACCAACGACGAAAGUGUGAUUUAGUGACCGCCCCAGCCCAUCGCCCAUCACUUCAUAGCCUACGCCAGUCUCGCGCACCCAACGGGUAGGUACCGGAAGGACGAGUACUCGUCGUAGUAGGUCAAGGGAGGGCAAGAGGGGCCGAGAGAGCGUGACGAGAAAGAGCGGCACGGCAAGCCAGAAGUGUAAUUGUGCGUGUAGCUUCUACGAUCUUGCCUACCUCUAACUCUCGCACCGCAUCCCCCUCGGACCCUACUCCUGCUCUGUGCCCCCUGAACUCUGCAACCUGCGAACUUCUGGCCCAUACAGGAAUUGCGCCCGUUGUCGAGGCACGAUAAAGGGCCGAGUAUAUUUGGGAGGAAGCGGGACGGCAGACGACUUCAAGACUCGGUCGUCUCGUCGAGAGCAGAGCGCUGGAACGAGAAGACUUGGGCUCGAGAAAAGAAGCGGGGAAAGAAGCUCGUCGUGCUUCGGGCUGGCAGAAGUCUAGGGCUGUAUGUGAGUGGGUAGAGUGCUUGUUGCUGUGACAGUCGUCGGUGUUGCGGGGCUGGUUGCGGAAGCGGAAGCGGAAGCGGGAGCUGUGGAACGUCGGAGAUGGAGCGGAAAUCGGGGACGAUGGUAGGGGUGAUGGUCGUGGGGUUUCUUCUGUUGGCAGAGCUUCCCUAUAUCGUCGCCGAUUAUCAGGGCGACGCGCUUUUCGCGCUGAGAAGAAACUUGAAGGACCCUGCGAAUGUUUUGCAGAGCUGGGAUCCGACUUUGGUAAAUCCAUGCACUUGGUUUCAUGUGACUUGCAACUCUGGCAACCAGGUCAUUCGGGUGGACCUUGGAAACGCGGGCCUUUCGGGCUCGUUGGUGCCCGAGCUAGGCAACCUGCAUAGUCUGCAGUAUUUGGAGCUCUCGAAGAACAAGUUGGAUGGCACGAUACCGCAAGAACUGGGAAAACUGAAAAAUCUCGUCAGUCUGGACUUGUACUACAACAAUUUCACAGGCGAGAUUCCCUCGUCGCUGGGUGAGUUGAAGUCGCUCGUCUUUCUCCGUGUCAACAACAACAAACUCAGCGGGCGCAUUCCUAACGAGCUGACCAGACUCCCGAACUUGAAAGUUGUGGAUUUCUCCAGCAACAACUUCUGCGGUACUUUCCCGACCUCGGGCUCGUUUGCCCGAUUCUCUUCCAAGAGUUUCGAAAAUAAUCCAUCACUCAACGGUCCCGAGCUUUUGGGAGCCCCCUACGACUCGACUUGCCACUGAUGCAUCUUUUCCUCUGUGCUCUCUGCACUUAACAUCAUGAUACCUCUGUGAGCGGCUCGAGCCUCUUGCGAUGAACGCAGCUUUUUUGGUGAGGGCAAACACUGUAAUUGGGUGAUUGUCUACUACAUGAGACAGGUCUUUUUUGCCAGAUUAGGCGCAGCCUCGUCAUCUGACUGUAGUGUAGCUUAAGUGCUUUACGCCUUUCCGUAGAUGCGAUAAAUUCACCGAAACGUACAUACUCGUUGACAGUUAUCCACCAGCUACAGAUAGAAUGCGGGAGCCAGACCCCAUACGAUGGCUUCAUGCAACGAACUGAUUUUCUCUUCUUUGUAAUGUAACCUUUCCCGCCAGUCGGUUGAUAUGCAUCAGCCUUUGCAGAUGAGAAAUUGCCUAAGACUUUGUUGGCGUCGCAUCUCAAGUGAGAUCCAAGAUGAUUAAAUGCCUUGUUCUUGAUAAUCAAUUUGGUGUUGCCACCCGUCGAUCAU